UCCAUUUUUAUUAAUUGCUACUCGUGGAAUCUCUUCUGAGUUCACUGCUCGAAGCACCAAAGGGGAGUUGGUUUCUUACCCUUUUUCUUUUUCAACAUUAAUUCUUUAUUUAUUAUUUUUCAGUCAAAUUUGUUCCUAUUGGUUGUUUCCUCAUAAAUAUACACAUUAAUUUCGAUUUUUAUUUUAUUUUAUUUUCAAAUUUUAAAAAUGUAGAAUUCUAAAUUUAAUAUUUUAUGAUAUAAAUUCAAUUUCUUUAUGAAAAUUUAAAAUAUUGUAUCGUGUUUGGAAGAUCAUGGUAGAUGGUAUUUUCGUGUGGAUUUUGCUCGUUGUUUCUGCUUCCUACAAAAAUCUCCAUCCGCCUUCGCCAGGAAUCUUCAAUUCUGUACAAUUUCUUCAACCGAUCAAGAACACAGUACCCACUUCUUCUUUGGUCAUUUCACUCGAUUCGUCAAUGCGUAGCUGCAGAAGGGCUUGUUUCAGCGUUAGUGAUCGCUGUAAAAUCGUGCACUUCCAUCUCAAGUUGCCGGGGAAUUCAUGCCCGUGUAAUCAAGUCUUUUCUUUAUAGAGAUGGAUUCAUUGGGGAUCAGCUGGUCACUUGUUAUAAUAAACUGGGUUAUGCUGAAGAUGCACAGAAGGUGUUUGAUGAUAUGCCUGAUAGAGAUUUGGUUUCUUGGAACUCACUGAUUUGUGGGUUUUCCCGGUGCCUUCAUGUAACUCUCAAAGCCUUUUGUACCAUGAAGUUUGAAAUGUCAGUUAAACCCAAUGAGGUAACAAUUCUAUCGAUGAUAUCGGCUUGCAACGGAGCUUUGGAUGUAGGGAGGUAUAUUCAUGGCUUUGCUAUUAAAAUUGGUGUUUCUUUGGAAGUUAAGGUCGUUAAUUCUCUCAUUAACAUGUAUGGAAAGUCUGGGGAUUUAACGUCUGCUUGUAGAUUAUUUGAGGCUAUUCCAUACCCGAAUAUAGUAUCGUGGAAUUCAAUCAUUGCUGCUCGAGUUACUAAUGGCUGUGCAGGAGAAGGAGUUCAUUGUUUUAAUAAGAUGAGAAUGUUUGGAAUUGAGCCGGAUGAAGGAACUAUCCUGGCUCUGCUUCAAGCUUGCGUGCAUUUGGGUGUAGGAAAGUUGGCUGAAAGCAUUCAUGGGUUAAUCUUCUGCUCUGGUCUAGGUGCACAAAUCACCAUAGCCACUGCACUUUUAGAUUUGUAUGCGAAAUUGGGAAGAUUAAGUGCUUCAUAUGAUGUCUUUGGGGAGGUGGGUUGUGCAGACAGAGUUGCUUGGACUGCCAUGCUUGCAGGAUAUGCCGCACACGGGUUGGGUAGGGAGGCUAUCAAGCUUUUCGAGAGCAUGGCCGAGAGAGGCUUGGAGCCUGAUCAUGUCACUUUUACUCAUUUGCUUAGCGCAUGUAGUCAUUCAGGGCUAGUCAGAGAGGGGAAACGUUACUUCAAUUUGAUGUCUAAGGUAUAUGGAAUUGAGCCCAGGAUAGAUCAUUAUUCAUGUAUGGUUGAUCUACUCGGUCGCUGUGGACUUUUGAAUGAUGCUUAUGAGGUGAUACGAAGCAUGCCUAUGGAGCCCAAUGCUGGCGUGUGGGGUGCUCUUCUUGGUGCUUGUAGGGUCUAUGGUAACAUAGAACUUGGUAAGGAAGUUGCAGAGCAUUUGAUUCAUUUGGAGCCUCUGGACCCCAGAAAUUACAUCAUGUUAUCAAAUAUGUAUGCAGCAGCUCGUUCUUGGAAGGAUGCUGCCAAAGUGAGGGCCUUGCUAAAGGAGAGAGGCCUGAAAAGAACCCCUGGAUGGAGCUCCAUUGAAUAUGGAAACAAGAUCCACCAGUUCUUCGUGGGCGAUCGAUCUCACCCCGAGACGGAGAAGAUCUAUUCCAAGCUUGAAGAAUUGCUUGGAAAGAUAAGGAAAACUGGAUAUAGUUCCAAAACAGAAUAUGUUCUGCAAGACGUUGAAGAGGAAAUCAAGGAGGAUAUGAUAAACAAGCACAGCGAGAAGUUAGCCAUUGCUUUUGGGCUUUUGGUGAGUAAAGAAGGAGACCCUUUAAUCAUUACAAAGAAUCUUAGAAUUUGUGGAGAUUGUCAUAGCACUGCAAAGCUCAUAUCAUUGAUUGAGAAGCGUACCAUUAUCAUUCGGGAUCCAAAACGCUUUCACCAUUUCUCUGAUGGGUUUUGUUCUUGUUCCGAUUACUGGUAAGUCUUUACUGUUCUUCAUAAUAGAUAUCCAUAGUUAUCAAUAACUUCAUUAUUUGUUGAGCUUGUGUUGAAGUAAUCCGAGUUUUGGUCUGCUGUAUAAUAGCUUGAUUUAGGCUUC